CUGGUGGAGGUGGCUGGGCCUCUGGCCUUGUCUUGCGCUCACCAUUUCCCUCCAGCUCCUGGAAAUAAAUCCUUUCAGGAAUCUGUGUGUCAUAAACAGGAAAAGAGUCCCAGUUUUUGUUGCCUGGUUUAAAUCCUUUGGGAUGGGUCACCCCUGAAAGGCUGCCUGUCAUUCAGUGACUAUUGCUUUUCUGUAUAAAAACUUCUCACUCAACAAUUCCAGCUUUGUGGCUGCAAAAUGAACACACUCUUAUGUAAAAAGAAUACAGACCUUGGAAACCAUCUGGCUGUUGACAUGUCACGCAUGCCAAUUCUGGUCUUUGCUGGAAGACUGGGGGAGAAGGGGUGUCUCGACAUACAUUGUUUGCUUCCAUAACUUAAUGGAAGAGUUGGGAUCAAUUAAAGUUUUAACAAAGAUUUCCUCUAUCCACAAUGUUAAAUAGAUUCUAUGAAUACAGAGAAUUUAACACUGACUAAAAUCCCUUCCCCUCUCCAUUGCUCAGCCUUCACUUUCUUAUUUGCUUGUUUCAAGAAAUCUCCAUUCUUAGAAAUUCAGGUGCUAUCUAAGAGACUAAUGUAAAGAAAUAAGCAGGAAAACUUUCAGGUUCCCUUUAUACAACAUGAAGAGGCAGAACAGGAUGACUAGUUUAAGAUCUUCAUUAUCUUGACUGAAGUUUUUUCUUAAGUCCUUAUUAAAGUUACAUACUUUAAAUACUGUAUGUGGUUCAGCUUUACCAAGAGGAUGUUCCUGCUCCCAAUGAAGUCAAUAUUCUGUCAGAGGAUUGGAAAGAACCAUGGUGUGCAUUCCUUGUAUCGUCAUUCCAGUUCUGCUCUGGGUCUAUAAGAAAUUCCUUGAGCCGUAUGUCUACCCUAUAAUUUCACCUUUCAUUAAGCGCAUAUGGCCUAGGAAAGCUGUGCAGGGAACACUGGCCACCAAGCAAGGCCAAGGAGACAGUACUGGAGCUAUUCUGGGGACUUCAACCACAAACCUAGGCCCAGCAGAUGAUUCUGGAAUGUAUAAGAUUGAAAGCAAUGGGGUCGCAAAUGGAAUCACUGCAAAGGGACCAACGGAAGUUUCUGACAAGAAGACUGAUUAAAGGAACUUGUUCAUUAGGAACUUUUCUUUGCUGUACAAUGUGAACUGGUGAUACUGUUCCCACUUUGAGAUUUGGUGGCCCUUCUACCUGAAAGGAAGCAUGAGUUGUUUAUAGCAGAGGGUUUCCUCUGCUGCUGAAAUGGGUAAAUUUAGCAGCUUUCUCUUUAAGAUGUUUGAGGAGUUGUUUUAAACUAUUCUUAUUCCUUACUACAUUUUCCUCACUGAAAUUCUUUGCAGCUGUAAUGCAGUUCAGAUAAGGUUAGAUAUCCUAGAUUAAUUUAUUUUUAUCAAUAAAUGAAGCUUUACAUGGUAAAUGUGUCAGAUUCUUAUAGCUGUCUUGUAAUGCAUCUAAAAUCCAUGUAUUUUACAACAGUUCCUGAAACUCAAACUUCUGCUCUCAGAGCCUCAUGCAAAAGGUUAGGGUUUCAUCCAAUAUAGUUUGAUGGAGUAACGUGCAAUCUCUUGCUCUAAGAGCUAUAACUCUCCCAUCCCUGCUAAAGAUGUUAUGGAUUGUACUGAGGACACCAGCGUGUUUCUUGGCAAUGCUAUGAAGAAAAUUUAUAAAAGGAGAUCUCCACCUGGUAACCGAUAAGCUAGAAUAGGUGCAAUAUUUACAGGAUGUUUUAGUUUAUGGGAAGCAGAAAGCAAGCCCUGAGGAAUGGCAGGGAAUUACUAUGUUGUAUGCAAGCCUCAGUAGUUAAGAUUGUAGGUGUCAGAAUUGUAAAAUUCAGAAUAAGUCCAGAAAAAUCUGGUUAACCUGCGUGUGUAACUUAAUUAAAACAAAGUGGCAUUUUAUUAAAGCAUUUUUUUUCUUAUAAAAA